AUGGAAAAGGGGAAUUAUACAGUCGUGACAGAGUUUUUUCUGGUGGGGCUUUCUAAUUACCCAAGCCUCCAGAUGCUCCUUUAUGUGUUCUGCCUAUUGAUGUACUUGGUGAUUCUACUGGGAAACAGUAUCCUCCUUAUCAUCAGCAUCCUGGAUCCCCAUCUCCAUACCCCUAUGUAUUUUUUUCUUGGGAACCUCUCCUUUCUGGACAUCUGCUACACAUCCUCUUCAAUCCCUCAAAUGCUAGUUAAUUUUACAUUUGAAAGAAAAUCCAUUUCUUUCAUCGGAUGUGCCCUCCAGUUGGUUAUUUCCCUUGGGCUUGGAUCCACAGAGUGUCUGCUGCUGGCAGUAAUGGCUUUUGACCGGUAUGUAGCCAUCUGUAACCCCCUAAGAUACACCAUCAUCAUGAACAAGGGAUUCUGUGUGCAGAUAGCUGCUUGGGCCUGGAUUCUAGGAUUUCUGAACUCCUUGAUACAAUCUGUGCUUGCCCUGAUAAUGCCUUUCUGUGAAAACAUUAUUGACCACCUUGCUUGUGAAAUUCUUGCUAUUUUGAAGGUUAUCUGUGUAGACAUUUCCCUCAAUGUAUUUAUUAUGAUAAUUGCAGGCAUUGUUAUCUUAAUCACUCCUCUGCUGCUUAUUUUCUUCUCUUAUGUUUUCAUCCUCUCUACUAUCCUGAGAAUUAAUUCUACUGAGGGGAGGAAAAAAGCCUUUUCCACUUGUUCAGCUCACAUGACUGUGGUGAUCUUGUUCUACGGAUCUGCUCUAUUCAUGUACAUGAAGCCCCAUUCUAAGGACACUAAGCUUUUUGAUGAAAUCUUUGGGUUGUCUUACUGGGCAGUCACUCCAAUGUUGAACCCCAUCAUAUACAGCCUGAGGAACAAGGAAGUAAAAGAAGGUGUGAAGAAAGUCCUACUCAGAAAUCUAUACUUAAGGAGAAUAUGA